AUGGCGUCGCGACUGGGAUCUCCUCUGGUCUGGACCCUUGCCUUGUCUCUGCUCUUAAGGUUCCCACUGUCGCGGGCCUCGCCGUUGAGCCAGUUUGCGCCGGUCGCCGUGGAAGAAGACACCGGUGCGCAUGAAGGUGACUCGGAGCUAUGGUUUGACUUGACUGCAGCAAUUGUGCUGGUGGUGGUCGGCGGUGUUUUUGCUGGGUUGACCAUUGCACUUAUGGGCCAGGAUGCAGUUCAUCUGCAAGUUCUUGCAACCUCUGGCGAAGCACGCGAAAGGAAGCAUGCUGGGACUGUCCUGCGCCUCUUGGGCAGGGGGAAGCAUUGGGUUUUGGUCACUCUGUUGCUUGGCAAUGUGGUCGUCAAUGAGACCCUGCCAAUUGUCCUCGACAAGACCCUUGGGGGUGGAUGGCCUGCUAUUCUGGGCAGUACAGUGUUGAUCGUGAUCUUUGGCGAGGUUAUUCCUCAGUCAGUUUGCGUCCGGUAUGGUCUUUCCAUCGGCGCUUAUCUAUCGCCUCUUGUCUUGUCUAUGAUGUUUCUCUUUGCACCCGUUGCUUGGCCCACCGCUAAGCUCCUGGACUGGCUUCUGGGGGCAAACCACGGUGUGUUCUACAAGAAGGCUGGGUUGAAGACCCUUGUCACUUUGCACAAGACAUUAGGGACCCAACCGGCAGAGCGACUGAUCGAGGAUGAAGUCACUAUCAUCAGCGCUGUGCUAGAUUUGAAGGAUAAGCCUGUGGAACGGGUGAUGACUCCGCUGAAGCACGUUCUCAUUCUGCCCAGUGAUACUGUCCUUGACGAAGAUAUGAUGGACUUUAUCCUGUCUGCUGGAUUCUCUAGAAUUCCUAUUCACGCGCCAGAUCACCCGUCCGAUUUUGUUGGAAUGCUACUGGUGAAGACACUGAUUACCUACGAUCCAGAGGAUGCCAAACGUGUCGGCGACUUUGCUCUCGCGACUUUGCCUGAAACCCGACCGGAAACAAGCUGUCUUGAUAUUCUCAACUACUUCCAGGAGGGACAUUCCCACAUGGUUUUGGUCUCGGAAAAUCCUACGGAGACAUCAGGUGCUUUGGGUGUCCUGACUUUGGAAGAUGUUAUUGAAGAGUUGAUUGGAGAGGAAAUUGUGGACGAAUCCGAUGUUUACAUUGAUGUCCACAAAUCGAUCAAGCGUCUGGCACCAGCGCCACACGUCUUCGAGGUCAAGAACAACCAAUGGACCACGAAAGAUGCAACGAAAGUCGUUCCCCAGAAUCUCUCGGGACCGCCUCGGCUUCGACGCGUUUCGACUGCACCAAUCGCAGGCAGUCGGUAUGUAGAUACUAUUACUCCGGAACAGAAACGCCAUCUCGAUAAUCUCGCACCUUCCAACUUGGCCACUAGUCCGAAGCAGACUCGAUUCGCAAAUGUGAAAAUCAAGUCCGUCCCUGGUGGGACGAGAAAACCCAGCCAUGGCGAGUCUAGCAGCGCCCAACCAUCAAAGGACCAGGCCGAACGGAGGGCUUCCACUAAGGGAUCAAGUGCUGCGAAUGAGAGUACCCCCUUGCUGGAUUAA